CAUAUUAUAUUUCUAACGCGCGUAUACGGCGCGUAUGGAACAAAAUAUUUUUAAAGUAAACAUAUUUGAACAAUUAGUUAAAGUAAUUAGUUGGUCCGUAAAGAGAAAAUUGUGGGAGCUACUUGAGAUCUUAAAAUGGAUCCCUGUAGUAUAAAACUGCUUAAAACAGAGCAUCUGGGUGGAACAGCUUUUGAUUGUCAUUUCUAUAUUGAUAAACUUCAUGAUUCAGAAUGCAUGUGUGAACAAGUAUUUGAUGUCCAUGGGUUGGCUCUGAUAAAAAUUUUUACAAAAAAAAAGACUUAUAAAGACUUAUUUUUGUCCGUCAUGAAACAUGAAUCAACCAUGAUGUUAAACAUUGAAAUGACAUUAAAGUGUGAGAAUCCAAGUUUUGAACACACCCCAACUUGUUCUGAAACAUGGUCUCAGGAUUUAUAUUUAUUUCAAAAAAGAUAUGAUAACACACGAUUAACAUUUAAAGUAGAAGUUAACAUCCGGGUGAAUAAGCGCAAGUCAGUGUUAGACCUUAUAUAUUUAGAUGAAGAUUUUACUGACUUCCAAUUGAGCACAGCAGAAGGAAGUGUCUCUGUGCAUAGAGCCAUCCUUGCUGCACAUAGUGAUGUAUUCAGGCGAAUGAUCUCCGGGGAAUGGAAGGAGACAAAUGCUGGACGCAUUAAGAUAGAAGGAGUCACUCUUAAGACCCUCCAAAACCUUAAGCGAUACAUGUACUUGGGCACUAUGCCUGAAGAUGGUCUGUGUCCUCUCCUGCUCAUUGCUACAUGCUAUUUUAUUGAGGACCUAAAAGCAGAAUGUACUAUUAAGCUAUCUCAUUCACUCACUUCAGAAAACCUUUAUGACCUUUUGGAAUUUUCCUAUGUUAACAAUAUGCCAGAGUUGACAUUUGCCAUUCUCAGGACUGUAAGAGCACAGCCAAGGGAUGUGAUUGAAGUUGCUAAUCAAAAAAUGAUUAAACCCAAGAAGAGUGAGGAUCUGAAUGGAAAAAACAAGGCAAUUUGUGAAGUGCCAAAGAAAGAAGAAUGAAUAUACUCUUUGAAUUAAGAAUUUGUCUUCCAUAAUGAAAGUUCCAUUGACUUUGGUGAUAAAUUAAGAUUAAGGCAAUUGCAGGCCUGCUUAAAAUAAACAGAAGUGAUUCGAUUGUUUAUAUUUUAUACCUUUACCUUACAUAUGUUGUAUCAUAGAUUUAUAGUAAAAUUAUGCUUUUGUUAUUUACUUACUAAUAAAUAUUGGUUAACAAAG